UGGGCUACGGCUCCUGGUUCGAGCACGUGCAGGAGUUCUGGGAGCACCGCACGGACUCCAACGUGCUCUUCCUCAAGUAUGAAGACAUGCACCGGGACCUGGUGACGAUGGUGGAGCAGCUGGCCAGGUUCCUGGGGGUGUCCUGUGACAAGGCCCAGCUGGAGUCGCUGAUCGAGCACUGCCACCAGCUGGUGGACCAGUGCUGCAACGCCGAGGCCCUGCCCGUGGGCCGGGGGCGCGUGGGGCUGUGGAAGGACAUCUUCACCGUGUCCAUGAACGAGAAGUUCGACCUGGUGUACAAGCAGAAGAUGGGGAAGUGCGACCUCACGUUUGACUUUUAUUUAUAAGCGCAGCCCUGGCAACAGCCCUGCAUGCUCGCGGUCCCCAGACGCCACUAGCUACGGUCCCGUACACGCAUUCGUUACUCGCUGGACAAGCCCCGGCCGCGGUGU